CCAGGGAGGACUCCAGUCCGGACGCCAGCAUGCCGCUCCGCGGGCCCGCCGUGCUCCUGCUGCUGCUGGCGGAGGCAGCUGUGGCAGCUCCCCUGGCACCCAGGCCCUCCAAGGAGAUGCUGACCCGCUGUGUGGCAGAGGUGGUCACAGAUGUGCUGACCCAGGGCCAGUCGCACAGAGGCCCCUGCAUGGCGCUCCACAAAGAGAUGUGCGGGGCGGAGCCCCAGGGCUGCGUGUCCGCUGAGGAGAAAGGUCUGCUGGGUGAGGAUUUCAAGACUGGGGCGGCUGGGAAGACCAGAAGCCAGGAGGUGAGGGAGAAGGACGCGGAGGAAGAGGAGGGAGCCGAGAGGACCCACGAGUCCGAGGUCCAGGAGCAAGCCAUCCAGGAGCAGCUCCACAGCCUGCUGCCCCAGGCCCGGGAGGAUGAGGGAAAGGGGCGCAGGGGGCCCCUGGAGGCCUUUGGGGACAUGUGGAAGCAGCGCCGGGAGGGUGGCUGGGGCUCCCAGAAGCGGGUGGCAGAGAAGGCCAGCGACGAGGAGACAGCCCAGUUUGAGGCGGAGGAGAAGGGGCUGCGGGUGCGAGGCAGGGGCCGUAGCCUGUGGCAGGGGGCCAAUGGAGGUGGGAGAGAGGGGCAGGAGGAGUCGCUGCACCCCCGUCACCGCCAGCCCCAGCCAGAAGCCCAGCUGGAGGAGGAGCAGCAGAGGGGAGAGGCCUCAGAGAGGGAGGAGCAUGCGGUGGAGCAGCUGAAGCAGGUGCGAGAGGAGCUGAAGAAGGCCUCCCAGCUGCUCGGGGAGGAACUCCGCAGGGAGGGCUGACCCCCGACCUCGUUCCCUCCCUCCCAACACACCUUUCCGGCAUAGGACUGUUGUCCCCCAAGACCCCCCUGCUUCACUUGGCACCCGGCUCCACUCCCCAACUGGGCAAGAGUGGACAGAUAGGUGCACCUUGAAACAGGAAGUAUCUCUGAGUUGGGUAGGGGGCUGACUCAGACCUGACUCAGGAAAAGGGACUCCCCCAGCCCCUCUAAAUCCCCUACC